UGGAAAGCCGGCCAAUUAGCAAAUCUUGUACAUCGCACCGAUGCAAUUGUCAAAAAUCUCGCCAUGUCAUUGGAUGCGCAUUCAGGGUCGCAAUACAGUAAUGUAGGUAAAUUGUUACGACAGAACAGGAAUUGCAACAUGCAGCUGGAUUCGCCAACUCCCCGUUUCACAAUGUCUUCGACUCGGGCAAUCGACGAAUGAAAAAAUCAGAUGUUGCAGUUUCGAACAGAAAUCGUCAUCACACCGGCAAUUCUUCCAAUUGUUCUUUUGUAUAAUACGAAUCUCCAGCAAACGUCAUCUCCUUCCUCUUAAAGCUCUUCCCAGCAGAAACAUUUCAUGGGCAACGAUAUUCAGCAAGUGAUAUUCAAUACGUUCGAUCACGAGUUACGAAAUACUCACUUUCAAACGCGUCAUGAGUGGGAAGUUGGAGAAGACGAACAAGAAAAAGCAAGAAUGGGAAAGUAUAGCGCAUGAAGUGUUCUAGGUGAUCAGAGUUAGAAACAGAGUCAGUGUGGUACCAGUAUGUAGUUAAAAGAGGGCGGGAGAGCGGGUGAUGUGCUAAGACAUGCAUUAAGUUGCAAACGCGUCCAGUCACCGUUCCACAUCCCGUCCCCUCAUGCACUAAGCCUCCAUCAGUGAUGAUUGCACAGUCCUUAUCCUAAUGCAUCACAUAACCUCCCAGUCUCCGCCAUCAUCACGCUACCUCCAGUAGCCUAGCUCAGCCAUGGCUUCGUCGCUCAAGUACACACGUCACCAGUACGGCGCGCACGAGCUGCAACGGGUCGGAGUUUGGGACCUUGAUAUAGCCGACAAGGCCAAAUACUGGAUUAUCUUCAUCCACGGCGGCGCAUGGCGCGACCCGCGCGUGACGCACGAGGUCUUCGCACCCUCUAUAUCGCGCAUACUUGAAUCCACCUCCGAUGGCACCAAAUCCCCCAGCAGUAGCAGCAAUGUUGGAAAAUCUAGCAUCGCGGCAUUCGCCUCCAUAGACUACCGCCUUAGCCCGCACCCGGACUUCCCGCAGGACCCGGCCCGCACCCCGAAGGACCAGCUCCGCGACGCCAGACACCCGGACCACCUCGACGACGUCAGGGCCGCGCUCGCCUUCCUGCAGAGGAGUUAUGAUUUCGGCGCGCGGUACGUGCUGCUCGGACACUCGGCCGGCGCGUGUCUGACCUACCAACUCCUCGCGACGGCGCCCCCGCUUAGCUCUAGCUCACGUUCUGGUUCUAGCGCGGACGAGACCCGGAAACGGGAAAGGGGCGGUGGCGGUGGCGGUGGCGACCCGGAAUUACCCGCGGCCGCGCUCGGCAUCGAAGGGAUCUACGACAUGGCCGGCCUCAACGCGCGCGUCGGCGGGUCGUACGCCGAGUUCCUAACCGCCGCGUUCGGGCCCCCGGGGCGCUGGGACGAGGCGGCGCCGAUGAAGUUCGCGGGACGCUAUCGCGAGCGGUUUACUACCGGGCUCGCGGCGCUGGCGCAUUCGCCCGACGACGAGCUGGUGGAUAUGCCGGAGACGGAGGGCAUGGCGGAGCGGCUGAGGGGCGACCUUGACGAGGAGAGGGUGUUGGUGUUUAAGGAUUUGGAGGGCUCGCAUGAGGGGAUUGUGCAGGAUGGGAGCGGUGUUGCGAGGGUGGUGUUGAGGAUCUUGGAGGUUUUGGGAGGUGCGGAUGGAGGGUCGUAGGGAGUGGUGAGGGGAUAGGGGUGUGGUGAUCUGGGCGGGAGGCUGAGAAUGAGGAGGGUGAAGGUAUGUAGUAUUCCUAAACUUACUCGUCCUAGGUCAUCUGUGCAUUUGCUUGCCCUCUAUUUCCUAUGUUUGCUCCAAUAUGUGCUGUUCGAGAAAAGACGUUAGAGUUCCAAGGUGAUUAUCUAGUCAUGUCGUGUUCUAUUCACGAUUUAACCGCAGCCCAUGCGCUCUACAGCAUAGAAUACACGCUAUUAUUAGACGUCAUAUUAUUGGUACAUACGCUCGCCAUCCCUCCAUAUUUUAUGCCCCUAUCGAAGGAUUGAUAAGCGGCUAGAUAUUACAGCUCUGCUAACCUAGUUCUGCGAAUAUUGGUCAAGGGAAGCUAGACUAUACAUGACAGACAAAACCUAGUAUACGGAUGUACAAGUAGUAAC